AUGGACGACUCCGAGGCAGCGCCGCUUCCUCCGCCCCCUCCGCCACCUCCACCGCCACAAGACGAUAUCAAGAAAAAGAAGCCGACGCCAAGCAACCCCAGCCAGCCGAAGCCCAAGAAGAAGAAGGAUUUCCGAGAGAUUCUGGCGCUGUUCCACGAUGAGGAAGUAGGUCAGGAUAAGGUGAAAUGCGAGUGGAGUGCGCUGUGGCAGACAACGCUAGCUGAGAGUCAGGAGGAUCACAAGCAGCGCCGGCAGCAGGAACAGCACGGCAUUAAGCGCAAGAAAAACGAGCACGACCACGGCCCCAUGUCGUCUCGAAGCGGACCUGGCUCGCUCUCACGCCUCGGCAGCAUGAAUCAGGAUCAUAUCAAACGAGCACGACAGGGGUCUGCGGCUAGCACGGACUCGUCUGAAUCGGGCAAGGGCAGUCGAUUAGGAGGACGUUUUCCCAAGAACGUCCCAAAGGGGUCCAAACUCAUGCAGAAGUUCGGAGGCCGUACUUAA